AUGUCGCCAAACCGCCGUCACCUCUCUCUCUCCAGCCGCUGCGACAAACACCGACAAAAUGGCGUCCGCGCCGUCACCCCACAACCUCCUCAGGUGGAUCUAGCGCCACCUACGCCCAGCCAGCGCGCAUGCGUCGCGGGGCCUCGUGCCCGCCCACGGAGCCCGCAAGGGGGCGGGGUCUGUGACGUCAGGGACGGGGGCCGGCUCAUCCACACCGCGGCUGCGCGGCGCGGACCGCACCUGCAGCUGCACUUGCAAGCAAGUGGACUCCUCGGUGUGAAGAGCAGGGCAGAUGGUCCUUCCUGUAGACACCCAUGGGCUGACUCUGAAAUCAGGGUCUUCCUGCAGGAGUGGGAAGUAGUUGAAAGGAUCACUGGGCAUCCAGGCAGCAGGAUCUACCAGAAGAGCUGGGCUCUUUACCAGAGACUCAGGAUUGGUAACCAUCUGCCUCCCGAGAACCUUCAAACUUCCAGGAACCGGCCUUGGGAUCAUGGCAUCCCUGGUCCUUCUGCACAGCUUCAAGGGAACCUAUUGCCUUUGAUGUCCCAGGGAGAUUCCCCCUUUCUCAGAAGGGAGACUCAGAAGCACUGCUAUCUGUCCUCAGUUCCAUACCUACUUCCUGCCUCUGACUCAGGAACUUGGGAAGACAUGGUGAACUUCCUUGAACUUGAAACCAUGCUCCAAUUUGCAGAGGUACAGAAGUCAGCCCCUUCCCUGUCCUUGGGGUCUCUCUUGGUUUUCCUUUGUGAAGGCAGUGUUUGA